GGGAGGGUUUAAGCCCCAUGCCAGGGGGAGGGGAUGCCUCCUAAGCUGGGGAGAGGAGUCAGCUGAGUAGAGCCGCGAGCGCUGGCUGGCGGAGGAGGCGCGCAGUCCUGAAGUAAUACCAGGGACAGCGAGGACGAACGGUAGUAAGCAGGCGCGCAAGAAGCAGCGAGCCUUUGCUCUUCUGCGCUGUUCGUUUUGUUUCCUCGUCUGCGAUCCUCGGGCUUGCCCGGCUAAUUCUAGGUGUCUGUCCCCUCCCCACUGUCGUGUGCGGCAGGAGUUCUCCCCGUCUCUCGCUUCAUCUUCAAGAGAGUUGCACAGAAGGACGCUCUUCCGCUCUGUCUGGACCUCUCGGGUUUGCACUGCGGUUCCCAGCCUGCCCUAAACGCGAUCAGAGCGGCGUCAUCAGAAGCGUGUCGCCAGGAGGAGGCGGGGGACACCGCUCGCUCGAGUCCUCCGGCAACAAGAGGCGAAGGAAAGCCACGAGGAGCUGUCGGGGUAACCCAAGACCUCACAGGUGCUGCAAAGCAGUAGAUGCAAUUUUGAAGACACUCUGAAGGCACAAAUGGCUUUAGCUGGUUGCCCUGACUCCUUUUUGCACCAUCCAUACCGAAUAGACAGUGUAGACCAGACAUCAGCGCAUAUGCGACAUGAUCUGGUGGAACCUGGAUUCCAAGCACAAUCAAGUCACAUCUCAUUAAGUCAUCAAGGAGAUGAUGAUGUGGACUUGGAAGCUUUAGUUAAUGAUAUGAACUCCUCGUUUGAAAGUCUGUACUCCACCUACAGUAUGCAUUCAGAAAGCACACCACUUCUUCAGAAUGGCCAGCUUAAUCGCAGCCAGCUGUCAGCCUCAGGAACAAAUUCACUACAGCCUGUAACUUCAAAACAGAAAGUACAGAGGUCUCAGCCAGUACGCAUCAUGGCAGUCAGACGUCUGCAAGAAGAGGAACAGUUCAGAACAUCCUCUUUGCCUGCCAUACCAAAUCCUUUUCCUGAGCUUUGCAGCCCCACAAGCUCACCUGUGUUGGCACCUGGAUCUCUACCUCAGAGUCAACCUGCUAAUAAACAGGAUGUAAAAGUCUUUAGUGAAGAUGGGACAUCCAAAGUGGUUGAGAUCCUAGCAGAUAUGACGGCUCGGGACCUCUGCCAGUUACUCAUUUACAAAAGUCAUUGUGUGGAUGAUAACAGCUGGACCCUGGUGGAGCAUCACCCUCUCCUAGGAUUAGAGAGGUGCUUAGAAGAUCAUGAACUUGUUGUUCAAGUUGAGUCUACAAUGGGAAGUGAAAGUAAAUUUUUGUUCAGGAAGAACUAUGCAAAAUAUGAAUUCUUUAAGAAUCCUGUGAACUUUUUUCCAGAGCAAAUGGUUGCUUGGUGUCAGCAGUCAAAUGGCAACAUUCCACAGUCACAACUGUUACAGAAUUUUUUAAACUCAAGUAGCUGUCCUGAAAUCCAAGGAUUUUUGCACGUGAAAGAACUGGGGAGGAAGUCGUGGAAGAAGCUGUAUGCUUGUCUGAGGAGAUCUGGACUUUAUUGCUCUACAAAAGGGUCUUCAAAGGAACCAAGACAUCUGCAGUUGUUAGCCGACCUUGAAGAUAGCAAUAUUUACUCAUUGAUAGCAGGCAAGAAGCUCUACAAUGCUCCUACAGAUUUUGGAUUUUGUAUAAAGCUCAACAGAAUGAGAAAUGAAACUAAAGAAUUAAGAUUGCUGUGUGCUGAUGAUGAGCAGAGCAGAACAUGCUGGAUAACUGCCUUUAGACUUCUCAAGUAUGGGAUGUUGCUGUACCAGAACUACAGAAUUCCGCAACAGAGAAAAGCUCUGCUUCCACAUUUCACCACUCCUAUAAGAAGUGUGUCUGAAAAUUUCUUAGUAGCAAUGGAUUUUUCUGGACAAAUAGGAAGAGUUAUUGAAAAUCCAGCAGAAGCACAGAGUGCAGCUUUGGAAGAAGGAUAUGCUUGGAGGAAACGCAGCACAAGAGUGAAUAUAUUGGGUAGCCAAAGUCCACUUCAUCCUUCCAUGCUGAACACAGUUAUCCAUAGAACACAGAACUGGUUUCAUGGCAGGAUCUCUAGAGAAGAGUCUCACAGAAUUAUUAAGCAGCAGGGUCUUGUGGAUGGACUAUUUCUUCUUCGGGAUAGCCAGAGUAACCCAAAGGCAUUUGUACUUACACUGUGUCACCAUCAAAAAAUUAAGCAUUUUCAGAUUUUGCCGUGUGAAGAUGAGGGACAGAUAUUUUUCAGCCUGGAUGAUGGGAGCACCAAAUUUACUGACCUAAUACAGCUUGUUGAGUUCUACCAACUAAACAAGGGAGUUUUGCCCUGUAAACUCAAACACCACUGCAUCCGUGUGGCCUUAUGACCUCUAUUCUGAUCCAUGCUGAAGACUGGCAUUGCUCAAAGACUGAAGUUGCUGGAGAAAUAUGGUAAAAAAAUUGACACUGGGGAAUUGGCAGACUAGUAGUUCACAACAAUUAUGCACCUUGGGCAUUUGGAAAGGGAUGAACUGAACUGAUGCCAACAGACUAUGAUUUUGCUGGUUUGUGUAACACCCAAGCAUGAUUGGUGCUGAGUGUCCUAGCAACCCCUCAAAAUCAGGAAAGUGUAUGUAAAAUCGUUAAACAAAACUGGAAACUGUCCCUUGGCAGGUCCAUUUAAUAGAAUCAGGUUUGUGAAGCAAAAUUUGAAAAGAACUCUUGCCCUGGAAUAAUCUUGAGAAUUUGAGUUAGUGUGUUUACUUUUUGUAUUGAUCACACUCUUAUUAUGUUUUGGUUUUUUGCACUCCUACUUUUUGGAUACUGCAUAUGGCCUAUAUUAGGAGCUGAUAAAGCUUUUAAAUUUAUGCAAGAUUUGGACAUUAGUCUAAAUCUUGUAUUGCAUGAGUUGCUUCAACCCAACAAGGAUUUUGAAGAAAAAAAAUAUGUUUUGAUGGCUCUGGAGACCAGCGGCUCUGUCAUUAGUAAUGUUCUUGAAGAAACAAUAUGAAUACAACUGUGGCAAUGUAUACAUACCAACAAAAUAUAUGUUCUUUAGAGUUAUUUUUUUAUAUCUGCAUAAUGGCUAUAGCUUGUGUGCAGGAUGCUAAUAAGAGCUAGUCAUGCAAAGGACUGAUUCUGUACAUAAAUGUGUUUUAACCUAUUUGGGUGUGCUUUCUCUCUCCUCCCCCUUGCCUACUAGAGACUCCUCCUCUGCAGGACACCCUUGAGAAAAUCCACUUUGAAUGGCUAGAAUGGCUGAGUGACCAUAUUUGGUAUCAGCUUAUGGAGCCGGUUCUGUGUGCACUGGGAGGGAGGAGCUUCACUUGUUUAGUCAAUCUAGUAUGGCACAAAUUCAGUGUUUUUAGCAUUGUUUCCUUGAGUUUAAUGUCUAUAUCACAGAGCCUUUAAUGUAACACUGCCCAAUCUCCUAAAUAUGGUUAAGAAUUCAAGAGUGCCCUGUAAGCUCACAUAAUCCUUCCCUCCACCCUCUGAAUCUGCAUUUUCAAUAACCAAAGCACAGAUUGCAAAUAAGCUUCUAACAGCGAUUGCAAAUUGAUUUGGUGCUACUUAGUUAGUAAAAGUGUCAAUGCUGAUCUAACCCUAACUGUAAUUGGCUGCAAAAUAAAAAGGAAGAGGGACGUAGCAAUGAUAAUUCUCAGUCUGAUAAUGGUGGCUAGAACAUUGGGUAGUGCUCCACUGGCAUAAACAUAGGUUGUGGCCAACUAUGUUCUACUCAGAGUAGACCCAUACAAAUAAUUGGAUCCAAGUUAUUUAUGUCUAUUAAUUUUAUUGGGUUUACUCUAAGUAUGAAUAACAUUGGAUACAACCCAUAGAAUUGUUUUCCUAAGAGAUGGUUGUGGUGGUAAUGUAAUAGUGAUGUCCAGCCAGGUGAAUCUGAGAAAUGGCUUCUUCCGGCUUGCAUUCUGCAGAAUUGUCAAAGUGAGCCUGUGGGUAUAAUCCAUUGAGCACUCUCCAUUCAUUUCAGUCCAGACCAGAGAAAACCUAUGCAUGUGCCACCAGAAUGAUUGGAACAUAGGUUACAGUGCUGGUUUAAUGGCUUGUUACACUGAUACAUUCAUUAAUGCCGUUGCUAGAUUUAUAAUUGACAAUUCAGCCAAUUGAUACUGGGGGACAUAUGCACUAAAACAUUCCUAUCAUCUGUGGCAAACUAGUUCGGCCUUGCUUCAAUCCUGGUUCAUCAUUUAGACCAAAGGUUCCCAGACUGUGGUCCAUGGAUCACCAGUGGUCCACAAACUUCAUUCAGGUACUCUGCAAGUUACUGAGAGGCUAAAAUGAAGUAGCUUAAUAUUAACAUAUUUGCGUUUACUAGUAGCAAUAUGCAUUUUUAUUGUUUUUAUUACUUAGCUUGUAUUUCAUUGUAUUACAAAUUGAAUUCUAUGGAAAUCAAACUGCAAUAUAAUAAAAUAAAAGAUAAAAAAUAAAAGAAGCAGUAAAAAUCAUAUAGCAUCUAGCACACGCAUUAGAAUUGCUACAAAAGGCAGAAAAAUCAUUAAGUGGUCCUCUCAGACCCUCAGCAAUUUUCAAGUGGUCCAUGAGGUAAAACGUUUGGCAACCACUGAUUUAGACUAUGGCCUGGUCUGCACAGAAUGCUAAGCCAUGGUUUAUUAAAGUAUGGUUUGUUAAAACCAUGGUGCACCAGUAUGUGUGAACCUGCCAAGCAGUUUAACUAUCAUAAUGCAACAAACCAUGAUAUAAAGCUGAUUAUGAAUCUUGGCUUGUUUUAACCAUAGCUUGGUAUUGCACGCCAAAUGAGCACCCUUCCUUAACCAUGGUUUGUUUGCCUCCUGCCCCCAAUGCUCACCAAACUAAAAAGCAAUGAGGCAAGAGCAGUUGGAAAACAAAACGACACAUUUUGGAGAAACAAGCCAUGUUUUGUUACAUCUUCUGUGGGACAAUUCAUGGUUAACUAGAGUUACAUGCAAAGCAGGCCUUUAAGACCUGUUUUAGGCUCUAUAAAACCUUCCAUGUAGAAGCAUCCAUGUGGGCAUGGCUGUGUGGAACAAAUAACACAUGGUCCAGCUUUGAUCCACAUUGGUAAGUGCAGCUUUCUGAGUGAAAUUUCUGCAAAUAUGGUAAGUAAAAUAUAAGCAGUUGAAAAGUAGCACCUGUCAGUAUGGUCUUGCUGGUUCACAUAAUACCAGAUGUGUGCAUGGGGAUACACCUUGUAGAGAGUUUUAUAAUACCUGAACCACAACAAUCUCUUGUCAAUAUUAAACUUGUUCCAUGUUUACUACAUUGCAGUGCUUUUUCCACCUGGUUAUAGCAUUUAAAGAAGGUCAGUUACUUUGUUUAGCUAAACUAGAUAGCUAGCAUUAAAGUAAGGUCUGAUGUCCCGUUGGAUUGCCAUACUGUUUAAUGACUGUCAGACUUUGGAUAUGAUGGUCAAGUACAUACAGGAAGUAUUUUGUGUGUAUUGCAUGAUUCAUAAAGCAAGAAGUGUAUUCACCCUAGGAAUGUUCAGAAUUACUGUUGCAAGAUGAGUAUCUUCUUUCUAUCUCCAGAGAUCUUACUGAAUCAUUUUAUACAAGUUUGAUUAUACUGAUUAUCUCUUGUAACUAAUAGCCCAUCCCAAAGAUUGAAGUUGGGAAAACAGUUCUUUAUUCACCAGAUAUUCAUAAAGUGGUGAGAGUAGCUUUAAGAUAAAAUAACCAGCUUGAGUCAUGCAUACCAGCUGAAUUAUCAAUGGUAUAGAAACACUGUGUCUUAGUUUACCGAACACAUUCUAGUAGCUUUUUCCCAUGAAAUGCCUACAUAUGAAGAUACUUGAUGUAGUUUUUAUUAGAAACUUGCUGGUUUUAUAUGUGCAUAUUAAAAAAGUCAAUGUUCAUAAGCAUCAUAUUAAGCUAAUUUGCAUAUCUGAUGUCACUCUAAAUUUUCUGUUUCACCCUUCCUAUAUACAGUAUUUUAAAUGGUUUAACAUUCUCAUUUUCCAGUUUCAAUAAGAUCAUUUAGACUUUUAAAAUAAGUUCUUGUCUAAACAAGCAAUUAGCAAACUUUAAAAAUCAUUUUGUAUUGUUUCAUAUUUAUACAACUUGCAUUCUUUGACUGUUUAAUCAUAAGUUUCUAUGGAGAUGGCUGACUAUUUUGUACACUCUUUCCCAACUUUAAAAUGAGCUGUUUUAAAGAAAUGAGCCACAUCAAAGUGGUAGCUGCAGUACUUGAGCACACCAUUAUUGCUCCCCCCUCCAUUUUAUUGUUUUCUUUGCUGGAAAUGAAAUGGUUAAAAUCCUACCUUAAGUAUUUACAGCUGGUUAGCAGCUUCAAAACCAAGGACUGAAGGACAAUUGACUUUUUGUUGUAUUUAAAUGAUAUGAAUGUAAAGAGGGACGCUCAGGGUUGUUUCUGGAGCCUGUUGAAUUUUUAUCUUUUUUGGUUUUGUUUGUUUACCUGUGAUCUUUAUUUUCUAAAUAAAGUACUUCAUGUAGCAAUCUUGGAAUAUAUUGAGAAGGAAAAUGCCAAACCCAUUUGGUAAAAAAAAAUGAAAAAAUUAGUAGAUAAGUUAUAUUAAGUAGGUAUUUUUAAAACAAACAGCUUUUUUGUUUGUUGACUUAAUCUUGAAGAAACAUGUGCCUCAGUUUUUAGAUGUUUUGUCUUCUCUUUUCUGCACUAAGUACCUGACUGAUUUGACCAAUCAAUGCACCUUUCCAGUGGCAAGACUUGCUUAUUGUAAAUUAUAUUGUCACAAUGCAAGACUUUUUAGUGACUGUAAUAUGGAAUAAAAGAUGUUUUCAGGGAAUGCAAAAGGUAUUAACUUAAGAGACAAAACCUCUUACUCAGUAUGUGUUGCUUUGUACUGUAUAUAGCUUUUGGGGGCUUGUGAACCUAAUUGUAAUCUUUCAGGUAUUUUUCUACAAAUGAGGGGCUGAUUCUGUUUCUUGUAACUAAAAAUAAACAUUCAUACAAUGGUAUUCAUUUUA